UUCUUAUUAUUAAGAUCGAUCGAAAUCCAAAAGACAAAAAAGGCUUCUCCGAAACCCUAGAAACGACGAGGCCUCAUCAAUGGCGAUCUACCAAAUUUUCGUCAAGCUCCUCGAUGGCCGAACACAGUGCCUCCAGUUCCCCACGCCGACCGUCUCCGGUGAAGCUCUAAAGCGCUCUCUUUUCUCGAAAACCAAGAUUCCUCUCCGAUUCCAGCGCCUCGUCUCCGGAUCGAGAGAAAUCCUUGAUGAAACCUCUAUCUCGGCCUCCAGCGAUGGCCUCUUCCCUUCGUGCGUUUUGCUCCUUCGUCUCCGCGGUGGCAAGGGUGGGUUUGGGUCAUUGCUCCGUGGCGCUGCGACCAAAGCAGGGAGGAAGACCAAUAAUUUUGAUGCGUGCCGAGACAUGAGCGGACGCCGACUACGCCAUGUGAAUGCUGAGAAGCGGCUCGAGGAGUGGCGCGCUGAGGCUAAGGACCGGAAGCUUGAGAAGCUCGCGGAGGAGUUCUUGAAGAAGAAGGCCAAGGAGGUCAAGCAGAAGAAUACGGGAGACGUUGACAAGUAUAUUGAGAAGUACCGGGAGGACGCCGCAAGGUGUAUGGAGGAAGUCGAUGAGUCAGUGCGGCAGUCCUUUGUACUUUACAGGGAAUCGAAGAGGAAGGUGCGGCCUUUAACCAAUCCCGAUUCAAAGCGCUUGAAAAUAUGGCUGGGCAAGAAGACACUGGAUGACAGUGAUAGUGAUAUGGAUAGUGAUGAGGAUGAUGAGGAAAAAGAUGAUGAGGAAAAAGAGGAUGAGGAAUCUGUGGUGAGUGAUGAUAAGGUGUCUGAGAUUGAAGCUAAGGAGAGAGAGGGUAGUGGGGGAUCAGUUACAUUUGGUCAGUCGGAUGGAGAAUCGUCUGGUGGAUGUUCAGGGAAGAGUAAUUUGGAAGAAGAGGAUGUCAAGUGUCUGGACGCUGCUGAAGAGGAUAAAGGAUGCAAACAAAGUUAUGCUGGUUUGGAUGAUUCUGUUGAGGCUGAGAAGAAAAUAGUGGAAUUUGUUGAGGAGAGUGUGGUGGUUUCUAGUGUGGAGACUCAGGAGCUGAAACCAGUUGCAGAGAGGGUAGAUGAAUGUGAAUCUGUUACCAAAGAGAUUGUUGAACAGAGUGUUGAUGUUCCGGGAUUAGAGGAGCCAUUGAACCUUUGAGAAUUUCAACUUAGCAGCAGAAUUGGAGUCACUUGGAAUG